AUGAAAAUUGUUGAAACUGACGACGCUUUUCAUUGAAAGCAGAAAGCCUUCAAUCACUUGGGCGACAUCGUUGUUUCGUUUUCUUUUUUUAAAUAUACCUGUAUAUUUCCAACAUGGAUAAUAUGUGUGUUCGUUAAUCGGACACUGUUAAAGAGGGAGCUGGCUGCUAGUUGGCUAAUGCCAACGUUGGAGCGUGAAAGAUGUCUUUUCUACUUGAUGACACGGCAACACACGAACCUGUCAAAGACAUCAGUAACCCUAUCAGAAUUGCACAAGGCACUGGCUCUGUCUUCCCGUUUUUGUCAUCAGAGGCUCACAAUGUGCGGCUGCGUGUGGGCUUAUCGCGGGUGUCAAGGAAGGAGCUGGAGGACAACUUCCUGCAGCUGCACGACGACUCGCUGCUCCUCAAGCAGCACAUUCACCAACAGGAGGACAAGAUAAGGAAGCUGGGCACCAAGUUGCUGAGGCUGGUCAAGGACCGCCGUCGCAUGGAGCAGCUGGCUGCGGGCGGUAUGCCGCCGGCGCCCGGACGGCGGGAUGCAGAGGAGGAGGACUUGAUGGACGAGUUCCAGGAGAAGGUGCGAGCGCUGGAGGCCGACAACGAGAGGCUGAAGCAGCGUCUGUUCGUGGCCAAGCGGCAGCAGCGGCCGGUCUCCUCGGCCACGCGCUCGCCUCUUGUACGCGGCCAAACACGCGUCGCCUCCGCCCCCAGGAAGCACGACGACGCCUCAUCUCCUUCACUCACGCCGCCCAGACACAGAAGGAGCUCGGCGGGAGACGAGAGGCCGCCGACCGGCCAGCCGAUGGCCUCCUUGCACGCUCUGCUGGAGGAAGCACGGGAAAAGACCCAAAACCUAGAGAACGUGAUCGAGUCGCAGGAGCGUCGCAUCGCUCAGCUGGAGGAAGAGAAACACGUGACGCUUCAGCAGCAGAACAAGUCUGAACUCAGGUCGCAGAUCAACAACAACGUGACGAUGAUCAAACUGCAGAAGCAGCUGGCGGAACGAUGUGCUGCCAUGAUGGAGCUGGAGGAGCGCUUCCUGCAGCUGCAAGAGAGUCAGCACACGCAGAAGGCGUGUUACGACACUGCCGCAGCCAAGAUGGCUGAGCUGAUGUCGCAGCUGAGGGAUGAGCGUGCCAAGGGCGUGGAGAUCAGGACGCAGCUGCAGACGGCGCAGCUGGCGCACGCCAAGACGCAGCAGUUGCAGGAUCGCGUGGACGAGGUGGAGCAGGAGAAAGAGCUGUUGAAGGAGCACAACGAGAAACUGCUUAACAGCAUGUUUGACGGGCCUCAGCCGCAGCGGUGGAGCGUUCAGGAGCAGCAGCUUCAGCAGCACAUUGCCCACCUGGAGGAGGCGCUGCAGGCUGACCUGCAGGACAAGAAGAAGAUCCUGGAGCAGGUCAAAGUUGAAAAAGACGCCAGGGAUAAGCUGACGGAAGAAAAGCGGAAACUCGAAGACCAGGUGGCCCAGCAGAAGCACGAGACAGACGAGUUACGACUCCGCGUGGACGUCUACCGCGGGGCGCGUAAUUCUCAGCUGGACGGAGAGUUGAGCUUCCUGCAGGAGGUCCAAGACGAACGUCAAGACGCACACGUUGAAACCAUCGAGGAGCUGGAGAAGGUCAGGCAGCUGCUGGCCUUGGAGAGCCGCAUCAGCAGUGACCUGAAGGCAGAGUUAGACAGCGUCCAGAAGAAGAUGGAGUGCGAUAAAAGGUCACAUGCGCAGCAGCUGGAACAUCAGCUGCAGAUGUUGGCCGCCAAGGACGCAAAGAUGCACAAACUGGAAGCUCAGCUGCAAGACGUGGCCUACGGCACCAGGAGCGUCGUCGUCGCGGCCGACGCUCCGGAUGAGAACCGAAGUCCGCCGCUGGAACGCGGAGAGAACCUUGUGGAAGUUCAGAUCGUCGGCGCCACCUUGUCCGCAGCCGCCCUGGAGGCUCUGAGCGACCCGGUGCCGUCCACCUUCUGCACCUACGCCUUCUACCUCUUCGAGCUACACUCCACCCCGGUGGCGACGGGCUCGGUGCCGCGCUACGGCUUCACAUCCCGGUACGUGGUGAGCGUCGACCAGGACUUCCUGGAGUACGUCGGGAAACGGCAGCUUCGCGUGGAGAUGCAUCAGGCGCUCGGACUCCGGUGGAAGACGGUGGCCAGCGCCGCACUGGACCUGCGCCGCCUCCUGCGGGAUGGCGCGGUUGCCGGGACGCUCCCGCUGUUUGGAAGUUCCGGUGAAGACUCCUCUUUCGGAUCUGUGGAUUAUUGGAUCAAGUUGCGGCAUCCCAUCGGCGAGUCCGAGAGGCUGCUGGCGGCCGGCGGCCACGACGAACAGCACUAUUGGGCCUGGCUUCACUGUAGCAGCAGCACGAUGAUGACAAUAUGGCGCCCCGCCUUGAGAAGGAGCUGCUGGUGGAGGUGCACGGCUGCGGCGGCCUGCGCUCCAGAUGCUCGUCGCUACCCAGUUCCUACGUGGUCUACAAGUUCUUCCACUUUCCGGACCAUCCCACCUCCACCGUGCACGAUUGCUGCCAGCCCCGCUUCGGAGAUGUCCGGUCCUUCUCCGUGGCGGCGGAUAGCGCACUGGAGCGCUACCUCCGGGCGGAAGCGCUCGGCUUGUACGUGUUCGACUACAAGGAGCCGCAGAUGGAUGCGUAUUUGGGCAAAGCCGCCGUUCCUCUGGCGCCGCUGCUCCAGGACCGCGACAUCGCAGGCACCUUUGACCUCCACGACUCAUCGGGUUGCCACGUUGGCCAGAUUGACGUCGCGCUCAAAUGGAAGUCACCUGUCCACCAAAGCGCCAAAGUUCUCCCGCCCGCGCAUGAGCCGGCAGAGGAGGGGCCAGGCCGCACAUUGGAAAGCCAGGAAAGCCGUGCCCCCAUCGUGCCCGUGUCGAGCACUCGAAGCCCGCCAUCGGUGGCGCGCAUCUUUGACGCCAGCAUCUUUUUCUCCGCAGGUGGCAGCGCCCGCACCCAAAAAGUUUCAGAGCAAAGACGAGCUCGUCGCCAAGAAGGUCACCUUCCGAGAAACCCUGCCCCCUGACUCACAGGCGGCGCCCGCUAAGCUGGAAGAAGACGAAGAUGAUGAAGAGUCUUUGAUCUCGGAAGGUCAAGUCCUCCUACCGCACCCGACAUUCACCUCUGACCCCCAGCACCACCUUCCUCAUGCAGGCGGCGGCGAGGUGGAGUCAUCGUGCGGACACGACGCCGGCCCGUGCUCUCAAUCCGACGACGACGGCGACGACGACUUUCAACGGCGGGCCACGCGGGAGUCGCGGCGAGUGCGCGUGGAGGUCACCAGUCUCAGCCUGGAGGCGGAGUCUCGCUUGUAUCGAGACAUCAACGUGGUCCGCCUCUUUGUGGAGUUCGCCUUCCUCGACUUGCCAACUGAGGAAACGCCCGUGUCCCUGCCCAAACCUCCCCCAGGGAAGAGCGUCAGCUUCAACUUCAGCAAAGUCUUUCCCGUGGACACGGCCAGCGGGGCUUCGAGACGGCAACUUCUGAAGGACGUCCUGCGAGGACGGAAAGCCGACAUGGAGAGAAUUCGUUUCACGGUGGUGAGCGAGCCGCCGGUGGAGGAGGAGCAAGAGCGGGAGUGCGAGGAUGUGGGUGUGGCCUUCCUGAACAUUCCGGACCUGAUGACCCAACCGCAUGAUGUCGCCCAUCUCCACCUCCGAGUUGUGGACGUGGAGGAUGGCGUCUCGCUACUGGGCUCUCUGCGUGUGACCUUUGAGGGAGUACAGACGCUGCGCGCCCUCUUGGACGAGGCGGGCGGCGAGAUAAGCGUUUCCCCGUCGGCGGCGCUGUGACAUCGUCAGCGCGUCUGCCGAAGCUCGUGGCGCCGGUCGUGUGACAGGCGAGAUGGUUAAUCAGCCAGAAGCGUGGUGCUCUUCGCUCACCUUUGAAACCACGUGUGACUGACUAGUAAAUAGCCCCCAAUGGAUCCGCAUUUGACAAACGGCCCAAUGUGAUCCUGGUCCAGGUCUCAGAGUCAUGAGCCAUGUGAGCUGUUCAAAAAGUUAAGUGUAGUUUCUUGGUUUUAAUUUAGUCCUGUUUUCAUCUGAAAUAAAC